AUGGGCAAAUGGCGUUAUGGCGUUGUCCUGGACGCUGGUUCGUCUGGGACUCGUGUCCACGUGUAUCGUUGGCUGCGCAAUGCUAUUGCGCGCCAAAAGGCCAAUGUUGACCACUUGAAAACGCUCCCGGAAAUAAAGACUAAGGAAGAAUGGGUAAAGAAGGUUCACCCCGGUGUUUCGUCCUUCGCCGACAGACCGGACUCCAUCGGCCCAGAAUAUCUAGCAGAUCUACUAGAACACGCCAGGAAUAUCAUACCCGAGGAGGAUGCUAAGGAUACACCAAUCUUUCUGCUCGCUACGGCUGGGAUGCGUCUGCUGGGAAAUCUUGAACGACAACUACUUCUCGAUCAGAUCUGCUCUUACGCACGUGCGAACACCGAUUUCUUGUUACCGGACUGCGGCAUGCAUAUCCAAGUGAUUCCGGGUGUGACGGAAGGACUUUAUGGAUGGAUUGCGACAAACUACCUCAUGGGCACUUUUGAUUCUCCCAUGGCCCACGACCACGGCAAGGGACAUCAUACAUAUGGCUUUCUAGACAUGGGAGGUGCUUCCGCUCAGAUUGCGUUCGCCCCCAACGAGACCGAGACAGCAAAACACGCAAACGACUUGACCCUGCUACGACUACGGAAUAUUGAUGGAUCGGAACAAGAGCACCGGGUAUUUGUUACAUCCUGGCUGGAAUUUGGUGUCCAUGAAGCUAGACGCCGCUUCGUGGAAGCAUUGCAGGCGGCGAUGGGCUCAGAAACCGAAGAUCUACCGGAUCCGUGCCUUCCCAAUGGCCUGCGCACAACCUUGGAUGGUAAAGAGGUAUUUCUAGGCAGUCCCGCAGGACCAACUUUGCUGGGCACCGGCAAGUUUGAUGAAUGUCUGCGCCAGACUUUCCCUUUGCUAGAUAAGGAUGCACCUUGCUCCGAUGCCCCGUGUCUUUUGCAUGGUAUUCAUGUUCCGGCCAUUGAUUUCGACGUCAAUCAUUUCAUUGGGAUCAGUGAAUAUUGGCAUACAACCCAUGAGAUUUUCGAGAUGGGUUACAAGGACAAGGCCUACGACUUCAAUACUUACCAAGAGCGCGUUCAAAUAUUUUGCUCCCAAGACUGGGAAUCUAUUGAACAAGGAAUUGAAGCACAGAAAUGGGGCAAGAAAAUCGACCAUGAGAAAGCAUACGAAGUUUGCUUCAAGGCCUCGUGGAUCAUUAACAUGCUGCACGACGGUAUCGGAAUUCCACGGGUUGGUCUUGAAGAUACUUCUGGUUCUUCUCAUAACGGUACCAAGGAAGUUUUGUCUCAUGGCGAGGAGAAGGGUUAUCUAGAUGCUUUCCAAGCUGUGAACAAGAUUGAUUCGACCGAGGUCAGCUGGACUCUGGGCAAGAUCGUCCUUUAUGCAUCGUCACAGGUUCCCACAGAGAGUGAAGAAGUACUUCCUGUUGGUUUUGGUAGCAAUGUCCCCGGUAUUCCCGAGGAUUUCCAAUACCCCAGUGUGCAACUUCUUCCUGAUUCAGAGGGCUUCCACAGCGAGCAUUGGCAUGACUCAUUGUUUGACGGAGAUUCCCCUCGCCGUAUUCCUGGACUUCUCCUCUUCCUGUUCAUCGUGGUUCUGGCGGCCUUUUUUCUCUGCGGCCGCAGCCGUCGUUUGCGACUAUAUCAUCACAUCAAUAACCUUCUUCGCCGUGGGGGACCAUCUCAUCCCAACCACCCGAAGAAACGCCGGCCCUUCAUUGGCAUGUUGCCAUUCCUCAACCGCAACGCUCCUUCUUAUGAGCGCGUGAUGGAGGAUGGGGCUCAGGAAUUUGACCUGGGUGGAGUGGACUCUGAUGCUAGCGAUCUAGAUGGAGGCCGUGCUUCUGACGUGGAUGGAAUGAACCCUCGUCCACCGAAACGGGCUUCCAGCUGGGGCAGCAUUGCCAACACUCCUAGCUUGAAGUAUACCCUGGACAACAGUUCAUCGGGCACGAUUGGCCUGGGGAUUAGUGGAGGAUCGGGCAUUGCUAUGGAUCGAGCAGGUUUGGUGGUGCGGACUGAGAGCCGGGAUCAUCUGGCUCCCAUCGCCCUCGGACCUACCACGAACGGACGGCGCUCCAGAGCUGGCAGUCCCACGCGAUCUCUUCACCAGAAAUCGCCUAUCCUGAGUCCCCUUGCCGAUGAUUAA